AUGUUUGUGUUUCUGUUUCUCUUUGCUUUUCUUAACCAAGCUUCUUCUAGUCCAGUUUCAGUUUCAGUUACCAGUGACCAAGCUUCUUCUAGCCCAGUAUCUUUUCCAUUCCCUACAAUCACCCGUUUCAACUUCCCUUCAUUCACCCCAACAAGUUGCAUUGAUGGUAACUUAACUUGCACGGGUUCAGCUACCAGUUACGACGACUACUUAAGCCUAACCCCAGAGCCACAACCAGGCAAUCCAACCUUGCAACUAAAUCAAGUUGGCAGGGUUCUAUACAAAUACCCUUUGUUUGCGUGGCCAGCACGUUUCUAUACUAGGUUCACGUUCAGGAUUCUUACCUCCCCUUAUUCAACCGAAUCUGCAGAUGGACUAACAUUUAUUAUGGCACCCAAUAGUAGUCCCUCGCCAGCUGACAGCUUUGGUUCCUAUCUUGGAAUAAUGGAUCCAGCACAAGACGGUCGCGCUGCUGAUCAAUUAGCAGUGGAAUUUGACACUUAUAAGAAUACAUUUGAUUUGGAUGGCAAUCAUGUAUCGAUUGACAAAAAAAGUGUGAUAAACCCAAUUUCUACUAGGAGUCUCAAUGAAACCGGAAUUGACCUGAAAAGUGGAAAAGACAUCAAGGUCUCAAUAAUAUUGAAUGGCGGAACAAAUUCACUAACAAUUUACGUUGGAUAUGCAUCAAAACUAAGCCGUCGGGUUCUUCUUAACGUGCCUAUUGACAUCCCACAUACCCUGCCAAGCUUCAUGUAUGUGGGAUUCACAGCUUCAACAGGGUAUCUCACUGGAAGCCAUCAGAUUCUCAGCUGGAGGUUAUCAUCAUAUCCAAUACCCAAGAAAUGA